CUUACGGACUGUUUGUUUCCUUCGUUGUCUAACUCAAGUCGCAGAGAGAAGUCGGGGAAUCAAACAAACCGCAGAAACUAUAGGAAGGAGAAGAACUCGUCGGGGAAUCAAUCAGUCCCUGGCCAGAGCAGAUUAGCGGUUACCUGACAAUUAACUUAAUAAUACAUAAUAAUGGGGAAUAUCCAAGCAUCACUUAUCCGUCAGCCUCCGCCCUCUCAACACUCUCGCUCAUUGAUCACUGCCAGUGAGGAAGAUGAAGAACCUCUAGAGACGCAGAUUACAGGGAGAACUUAUUACUUGACGAGGUAUAGAAGGAGAUUGUCAAAAAGUUUAACGUCUCUUCAUGAUGAUAUGCUUUUUGAAGUUCUUACACGUGUCCCGGCUCGAGAUAUUUAUGACGCGGCGAUGUAUGUCUGUCGGAAGUGGUAUCGUAUAAUUCAUACCCGUAGGUUCAUAGAUGCACACCUCCGGCAUUCACCUCAGGGUCUUCUGCUUCGUUAUCCAUAUACACCUGCAUUUUUUAUGGUGGCUAGACAAGGCCAAUUGGAGACAUCUUGUUUAAAUAAAUUCAAACUCUGUAGUUCAGCUGGCUGUAACGGUCUGCUUUUGGACUUUCAAUACAACAAUGGAUUAUGGACUCCAUAUAUAGUGAACCCUGUAAUAAAGCAAGUUUUUGUGCUCCCUGGAAUUAAAAAUGUAGCGCGUUCCGAAUUUUUCGGUAUAUCUUAUGCUGCAACUUCCAUGGUGUAUAAAGUGGUCGCAGUUGUUGCUGGUCCUCAGCUAAAAAUAUUAACAGUGGGAGUGGAUGAUUCUUGGAGGAGCGUUUGUACCAAACACAUUUGUCAUCUUGCUAGGAGUGGAUUUGGCGAAAUUUCACCCCGUACAACGGAGGGUCUUAUGCAUUGGGUAACAAGUGUAUCUUCAGUUGUGACUCUAAAUGUAGAGACUGAAAUGGUUGAGGAGAGCAUAGGCCCGAUGCCUCGAGGUUGUGGAGUUCCUGGGAGUUGCUGGGUGUCGACUGGAAGCAAGAUGUCUUACUUGAUGAAGUUUGAGAGGUUCGGAUGGCAUGUUUGGGAGAUGGAACCAGAAAGCAAAGAGUGGAGAAAGCUGCCUGAUAUUGUUAUUAAAGAUCAAAAGAGGAAAUUCAAACGGUUGGGUUUGGAAAAGGGGCAAGAGGUCCGGCCAAUUGGUUGGAUAAAAUACAAAGAACUGUUAGCCUUCACUCUGUGUGACGCACCUGUGACAUACGUUUUUGUGUACAAUAUUGUCACACACAAAGCUGUUAGAUUGGAUCUGCCUGGCUCCAUUCAAUUGCACUCGCCUAUACCCCAUCAGAAUAGUUUGGUAUGGUUGCCUGGAUCCUCCUAAUACUCUUCUACUACGUAGAGAGAAUGUUGUUCAACCUCCACACACAGCGAGCACCAUUUUAUCAUCCUCAAGCCCGAUCUCCAAACCGUCGCACUGCCCGAUCAUCGUUUCCACCUGUCCUGCUUUUGCAGCCAUGUUUGUUAGGGUGCUUCUUUGUCUCUGCUAUGCUGUGAGACUCUUCGUCCCUAUUUUCUCUCUGAUGCGCAUAGUGAGUCUGCCCGCUGCCGCUGAAACGAAGCUGCAUGACCCCCAAAACAGCGAUCUUCGGAGAAGCUUGAAACCCUGACAACGGGGACGACCGCCUUUUCUUUUGAAAUGUAUUAAAUUCUCUCUUUCAUGUUAAUCAAACGAUUAAGCUAUAAGUUUUAAAUCUACUUGUAUAAAGAAUGUGCAAAAUACUUGUUUCAUUUUCAUCUUUUGCAUAUUGGUUUUAAAAAAUCAGCACUUCAUUUGUCUCAAAAAACAAAUCAGCACCUCAUUGCAUCUAAU